AUGCAGUUCGCAAUACCACCGCGCAAAACGUCGCAGCCUCCCCUCCAUGCACGCACCAAUACCGCAGCAUCCGCAGCAUACGGAAGACGAAAGCAAUUACAAUUGCUGGGCUACGUAGUCCUCGGCCUCCUCACCUUCUAUUUGACUCUCAGGUUCUGCUUAUGGAGAGGGACCGAAGAUGCCGAAGAUGGUUCAGCCGCAAUCGAGGGUCGACAGGACGUGGUGCUUGUUACUGUCUUCGACUCCAAAACUAUGAGUGAGGAUUACAUGAAGAUUGUCAAGCUGAACCGAGAAGACUAUGCUGCUCGUCAUGGCUACAAAACCUUCUACACCAACGUCUCCGGUUACAGCACACUGGUUGACCCUGCGCCCUCGUCAUGGACAGUCAUACCAGCGCUCCGACAUGCUUUAACAGACCACCGAUCGAGUGACUGGUUUUGGCAACUGUCACCAGACGCCUUGAUCACGAACCCUUCAUUGUCGCUUGAGUCUCACAUACUGCAACCCCUCGACUCACUCAUGCUGAAAGACCUACCUGUCGUACCGCCAGACUCGGUGAUACACACAUUCUCCCACCUGAAGCCUUCUCGAACGCACCUCAUCCUGUCACAAGAUAUGGACAACCUCGCCCAUACCUCCUUUCUGCUCCGCAAUACUCCUUUUACGCCUUCCACUCCAGAUAACUGGGCACAGUAUUUUCUUGACGCCUGGUUCGACCCGUUAUACCGAGCGUACUCAUUUCAGAAGGCGGAAAACCAUGCCCUUGAACACAUCGUGCAGUGGCACCCCACGAUUCUAGCUAAGCUCGUGCUGAUAGAGCAGCGACGCUUCAACUCCUACAACUAUGCAACACCGCCGGUGCGCGAUGGAGAUGGCAACCUCCGAACACACGAUAGCAUGUGGCAAGAAGGAGACUUUGUUGUGAAUCUGAAGGGUUGCAGAGAAAGUGACAAGCGCGACUGUGAAGAAGAAUUGAGACACUACUUUGCCAUGUGGGAGAAAGAGGUAGAGAAAUUAGAUGGCAAGAGACCAGAACACGAUAUCGGGCCUGCAAAACCCAAGCCGCAACCAAAAGAAGAGCAACCAAAGCCGCAACCAAAGGAAGAGCGACCAAAGCCACAACCAAAAGAAGGGCAACCACAGGCAGAGCCGGCAGCCGACGCUUAG